UAUCUGAAAGCUUGGCUUGGGUUUGUUAUUAGAGGAAGUGUGUAUUUGAAUAAAUGCAGCUCCAUUAACUCAAGCCUGACCCCUAUGGCACCGAUGCAUUUACUACACGUUCCAGGUUACGUGUAAACUUUUAUUGAAAAUACGAAAUUGUUAAAUGGUUUAAUCAGAAUACAAGGUUACAAAACCAAAACUGAUAAAUUGAACGAAAGACUGAAGAUGCGCCAUGGAUCUUUACACCUCAGAAAUGUCUGGAUUGUGUAUGCGUAAUGUCUCAUUGCGCAUCAGUUAUAGUUUUAAUUUGAGGCUGUAAAGGUUCCCAAGAUUCGUUUUUAUGAACUAAAUUAAAGAAUAUACCUUCUAUAAAUCAGGGUAAUUGUAUGGAGGCAAAUAUUUUGUGUUUUCAAAUGUCUAGUCGUCUUUUACGCACGCGUCAUCCAGCGUUUUGACGCAACCUUUGUUUGGUUUGGUCCAUGGAUCACAGCUUAGAGAGACGAAUGCCAGCUACAUGCAUAGAUUAAAGUCAAAGACAGAUGGUUAUUUUAAUAAACGCUAUGCUUCUAUUUUGGUUUUAUCCUAUACGAGACCAAUCCUAAUGUUCUGUUUCGGCUUGGGGGCGUACCCGUGACGCACGGAAACCGACGCCACUGAUCUGGAUAUAUACGGCCGAUUUGAACCGUUAGAGCCACUCGUAUCAUCUUCAGCUUCGAGCACCCACGUGGCAAAACGAUCAAACUGAAAAUGUCUCCGAAUAUGUCCUAUAAAGCUCUUCCUUCGUUUACGCAGAGGCUUACUGUUGCCAAAAGAAAAGAGGCCAUUGAGCUCCGAAAGACAAUGAAACCCCUGAUGGAAAAGAGAAGGCGCGCCCGCAUUAAUGACAGCCUUAACCUCUUGAAGAACCUCAUCCUUCCUCUUACCGGAAAAGAUAAAACCAGGUACUCCAAACUGGAGAAAGCAGACAUCUUGGAAAUGACUGUGAGGUUCCUGCGUGACAUUCCUCUCGUUAACACAAAAAAUCCAGCGCACAGUUACGGAGAGGGUUACAAAGCCUGCCUGCAGCGCGUCUCCGCCGUGCUUCCCCAAAUCAAACUGAAUCAGGAGGCCUUCGGUCAGGUUAAUGACUUCGUCCAGAAGUCUAUGCCUGCGGUUGUCACCCCAACCUGCUUAAACUGCUGCGCCCAAAGGUCCACGACUUUUCCAGAGAUUCACCAGAGGCUUCAGAGACUCAAAUCCAGCUUCAACAGCAGACUGGAGAGCCCGCCGCGCAACAGCGCAGCUGCAGGUCCAAUUCGGGUGCAGCUCAGCGCGCAGCCUCUUGGGUCUGUGUGGAGACCUUGGUAGAUCUCUGCAGGGAAUUCUGUCAAAUUAAUGCGUUUGAAAAAGUAACUUUGCUCACUUGCAAAGUGCUUCGUCGCAUUACUUCCGCUGAUAAAAUAUUUAAUUGUUCCUUCAGUCGUUCUGGUUAAGUAUUAUAUACUUAGGUUUUGCGCACGAGUCUAUUGUCCUGUAUAAGAUGACAAACGCGGACGGUCGUAUUUUUUGGUAACUCUGCAUGUAUGUAUACGUUAAAUAUUCAGUUCUAUAUUUGGGCUGAGUGAUAAGGGGCCGUUAAAACAGCCCUGUAAGACCCCAGGGGUCAAUGUGUGUAAAAAUUUGCACAGUCUGUCCAGCGUUUGUGCAAAUGAGCUGUAGACAUUACAUGUCUUUUAUUUUGUAUCUCUGUUGGGAUUACCUUUAUGUUUGCAUUUUGUGGCAAAUAUUGUAUAUGAGAUGUAUGUACAAAAAUAAAAACUACGAUGUCGUGGUUA